UUUUGGCAUUGAUGUUAAUGUAGUCUGUUAUUUUGGUUCUAUUUUCCAUUUACAGGGUGAUGAUGAGUUUCCUCGGUGACGGGAUGCCUUCAGCCCUACUCACAGGCAAGGAAAUAGUCGGCAUUGGAGUCGGGAUCAAAGAAGCGCUCAGCGAAGAUAUCACCGAAGAUACAUGCCUGGAAAUUAAAGAGGAGCUGCUUGAAUAUGGAGAUGAAGCGAGAAAUGAUGUGUGCAAUAUGAUUAUGAUACAUGAAAGUCGUUUCUUUCAUAACCUUCCUGAUCAAAGAUAUGAGGCACAUGCAAAAGACUUCUGUAACUUGGUUCAGGAUUGUAAUGACAUGUCAAAAGUGUCAUUUGGGGCUAAGGACUGUGGAAAGAGGUAUUCAUCAGAUAGGGCUCAAAUGAUGUACAAGGAAAGACUGAAGGAGAGUACACAACUGAAAGUGGAAUCCACAGGGAAAUAUUUUGCAUGUGAGGUGUGUGGCAAGGAAUUGUGUCAAGAAAAUCACGUCAGCAUUGACAUGAGAGUCCACACAAAGGAGAAACUAUACAACUGGGAGAUUUGCAAUAAGACAUUCCCAUCCAAAAGUGAUCCAGAAAAGCACGUUGACAUACAUACAAAGGGGAAGCCAUACAACUGUGGUAUUUGCAAUACAGCUUUCCCAUAUGAAUCUAGUUUUUUCAAUCAUAUGAUAAUGCAUACAGAGGAGAAACCAUAUAGCUAUGAACUAUGCAACAAGGCCAUCUCAGAGAAACAUAAUCUGGUGCAUACAAAGAAGAAAUCAUAUACCUGUGACACUUGCAGUAAGACAUUUUCUGAGAGAAGUUACCUUGUACAGCACAUUAGAGUACAUACAAAAGAGAAGCCAUACAACUGCGACAUUUGUAACAAAGCAUUCACAUGGAAACGUAGUCUGGUAAGGCACAUGAGAACACACACUAAGAAGCCAUACAGUUGUGAAAUUUGUAACAAACACUUCUCAACCAAAUCUAAUGUUGCAAUUCAUAUGAGCGUACAUACAAAGGAGAGGCCAUACGAAUGUGAGAUUUGUAACAAAGGUUUUUCAAAGAAAACCCGUCUAGAAAGUCAUAUGACAGUACAUACAAAAGAGAAACCAUACAGCUGUGAGAUUUGCAACAAGGGCUUCUCAUAUAAAUGUAGUUUAAAGAUUCAUAUGAGAAUGCAUAGAAAGGAGACAUACAGCUGUGAAAUUUGCAACAAAGCCUUCUCAUAUAAAUCUAGUCUAGAGAUUCAUAAGAGAAUGCAUAAAAAGAAGACAUACAGCUGUGAAAUUUGCAAUAAGGCCUUCUAUGUGAAAAGUCGUGUAAUAAUCCACAUGAGAGUACACACAAAAGAGAAGCCAUACUGCUGUGAGAUUUGCAAUAAAUCCUUCUCAUUAAAAAGUCAUCUAGUAAGACACAUAAGAGUUCAUACACAGGAGAAACCAUAUAGCUGUGAGAUUUGCAAUAAAAACUUCUCAGAUAAAUCUGGCAAAAUAAAACAUAUGGGAGUACAUAUGAAGGAGAAGCCAUACUGGUGUGAGUUUUGCAAUAAGGGUUUCUCACAGAAAGGUAGUCUAGUGAGACAUAUAAGAGUACAUACAAAGGAGAAGCCAAAUUAGUAAUAAGGCCUUUGCUUUGAAAGGUGGUUUAGUAAAGCACAUGAGAGUGCAUACAAAGGGUAAGCCAUAAGCCAGAUGCAUCUUAUAUAUUAAAAGUUAUCUUUUUCUGAUUUGUGCUGUAUAUGUUAUUCUUAAUAUGUAGUUUUGUCAAGUUUGAUUAAGUUUUACACAAUAUGACUUGUGUUUUAGUCUCCAAAGACUUUUCAUCCACAUACACUGCUGUCACUGACUAGGGAUGAUUAGAGAGAUGGCCACGAAUGUUCACAGUGUUCGAAGAAGAUGCUCCUCCCCUUCAUCAGUAAAGUCACAGAUGUGGAAGUCGUUGGCUGAUUUAUACAAGAGUGUUCAGACUUCUAGCAUGAUUUUAGAUCAAGAUUACAGGAGGAAACCUCUUGUAUUCUAUAUAAAGUAGUAUAUAUAUAUUUUUUUUUCUAAGGAAAUGUAAAUUGAUUCAAGGAAGUAAUUUUGAUAUAUACGAGUCCACAUGCAGAGACACACACUUAUAUUUGCAUCUCCGUGUAUAUUUAUCUGUGUAUAUGUCUGAAAUAUAUUAGUUGGCAAUUGUAGUUUCCUAAAACCAUGAGAAAGAAUUCAAGAUAACUUAUUGUUAGCAUCUUGAAAAAGGCAUAAAUGGGAAAGAAUAUAUGCACCACUAGAUAUGUAUUU